UCCGUUAGCAGCAACCACCGGCCGACAUCCAUCACCGUCGUCGUCGUCGUCAUCGUCCAGCGGUGUUCCAAGAGACAUAGUAUAUAUCACAGUAGACGCAAACAUAAAUAUGUCGAUCCAAAACCUCAACGUGUUUGACCCGUUUGCGGAUGCAAUCAAGGGUGGAGAAGAUGAAAUUCAGGAAAGGCUUGUUCACAUAAGAAUUCAACAGCGUAAUGGUCGUAAAACAUUAACAACGGUUCAAGGUCUGUCAUCAGAAUAUGACUUAAAGAAGAUUGUGCGUGUCUGCAAAAAGGAGUUUUCUUGCAACGGUACAGUAGUUGACCAUCCUGAAUAUGGUGAAGUGUUGCAAUUACAGGGUGACCAGCGAGAAAACAUUUGCCAGUGGCUAACUAAGAGUGGUCUUGCUAAACCUGAUCAACUCAAGGUUCACGGUUUCUAA